GAGGGGCGGUGUUUGGACGGCCCCCUUAACUGCUAUAUAAUCCCAUCAGAUAAAGUCAGUCUAAACAGAGCGCUUCAAACUGUCCCACUUGACAACCACGUCACUUUGAUUUUCUUCGUGAGAUUUCUGAAGGACUUCUUUCAGGAUGGUUGAGUCUGCUCAGCAGAGUUGUCCCCAGCAUCGCAACAUUGUGCACUGCCUAAUUUGCAAGAAGCCACAGAAGAUGCUUUCAAUGCAUCUCACUAGGACGUGCAUGAAGAAGAGCACACCAGAAGAGAAAGAAGCAGAGACACAGCGGGCCAAGGAGUCAUUCAGUGAGUGGGUGAAAAAUGCCAGGACCUGGGAUUUCCUGGACAUCUUUUCAAAGCAUCCCACAACAUACACGGUCCUAGUCAAAGACCUGCUUGAGAGGGGUUUCUUUGUAAAAGACUUGCCCCCGGUUUUCCCUCCUCCUGCGAUGGUGGCCCCUCUGGGUGCUCCUUCGGAGGCCCCUCUGGCUGCUGCUUCGGUGUCCCCAGACAGCUCUGCUGAAGAAAGCUCCAGCAGUGGCGAAGUUGUCGUAGCACAAGAUGACCCCACUUGCCAAAGGUAGGUGACAAACUGAACCCCAUUAACUUCUCUUAAAGUUAAAUACUUGUCUUCCAGAUAACAAUGUGUGUGAAAUUUGAUUUCUUUCAGACCACGGAAGGGCUUUUACAGCACAGCAAAGGUGGAGAUGGAGAAGCAUAGUCUCCACCAGAAGUUUCCUCAAGAGUGUAGGUUAAUUUCUGGAUUUAAGGACCACUUUGUUAACAUGCUCUGUGUCACCAACUGCCAACAGGAGGUGGACAAUGUUUCCAGGUGGCUGAGAUACAUUCAGCCAGAAGCAGUGGAGCCAACGCUGGACUUCCUCCAUGAGAAGGUCAAGGGCACUGACUUCCUGAAGGCACUGAAAGAGUCGCUGUGCUCUCUUUCGACCCGCCUGAACUACAUAAAGAACAUGAUACGCUUUGUGAAAUAUGUUCAGGUUACCUUGGAAUACUCAAAGGAAGACCCUCAGCUGAACCAACGCUGCAGAGAUUACAUCAACUGCUUGAAAGUGGCCAGAAAGCCCAUUGCACGGGAGUACGACAAGGAGGAAGUGAGUAAAAAGUACACUCGGCUGAAGAAGGGCACUCGAAGUGUAAAAGACUGUCAGAAGGUGCUCAAUGUGGCGAAACCUCUCUUUCUUGAGAUCUUCGGACGUCUUUCGGUGGGUCAGGACAUUGGAAAGCAGGAGAAGACCAUCUUCAAAUACUACCUGGAGGCGAACGUCAUGCUGGGUCAUUUCCAGCGUCCAAUUGUGGUGGAGGGCCUGAGAGUCAGUGAUUGGCUGGACCGCCAAGAUGCGCCCAACAGGAGAAAGGUGGUUGCUGUCAAAGAGCACAACACAGCUGCCAAUCACGUUGCCACAUUUGCCAUUUCGAUGGAGGAAGAGGCUUGGAUGGACACGUACUUCAAAGAGAUCCGUCCUGUUUGGCAAAGCUGUGAUGUAGAUGAUGAAGACUGGUUCUUCUUGUCUGCCGCAGGAGGACCCAUCAAGAGUAGCUCAAGUGAUGUACAGCGCCUUCAUGAAAUGUUCAACGUGGCCAAUGUUACAAGCACAGAGGUCCGGAAAGCUGCAGAGACUCAUUUUGGCAAAAGCGACACUUGA